AUGAGUGACGCCGUCGGUCAGGCCGUAUCUCCCCAUAGUCGUCAUCUGCCUUGCAUCCUUCGCGAUGGACAGGUGGGACAACAGACAGUUCCUUUGUGGGCAACCCCCUAUCGUGUUCCAUAUCAACAACGCGGCUUUUUCGUAUCUCCAACGUCCAAGGUUACAUCAGAUAUUCUUACUAAAGUCCACGCAGAACUUGCUCGCGACGAUGUGUGGAACCCUGGUUUUCUUCAGCAUGGCAUUUUCACCUCUGUAACACGCCAUUCGAUAUACUUGACCGAAACUGCCCAUCAAGUCAUCAGCAGCUGGGGCAGUCAGAUCAUAACCGUUGACAAGCAGGCAUUUCUGGAAUUGCCAUCUGGUCCGUACCUCUGUAACGCUGGUAGAUUGCAUGAAGUAUCUAGAUUAUAUCUUGAUACACCCGAGGGAUUUAUGACUGCAACAAUUCAGUCGUCAUAUGAUCAGUUUCUGUACGACACCCUGAAUGUUUCCGUGUUUGCAGAUGAAUACUCGGCAGCCAUUCGCCAGAGUUUCGAUCCCCACGAUUCGCCCGAACUUCCGCUCGUUGAUUCGAUCGCGCUGGAAAAUCGUUCCAUCGAUUUUGUGAUAGGCACUGAGAAUUGGGCCGCAUCAACGCUUCCAAAUGCUACGCCAACUCCUGCUUUUGCUUCGGGGCGUCCGUUGUUUGAGCAUGCACCAUCAGUGAAAACAAUGCGGAGGUGA